AAAUUUUACGGAUUGAAAAUGUGCUACCCUUGUGGACCCUGUGGACCAUGCGGUCCCUGUGGAACUACCUGUCCGUGCUGUGGCCCGCACAGCCCACCAUGCGGAGCUCCCUCGCCCGUUCCAUGCUCUCCGGCGCCGGGCUGUUGCUGUCCCCCAUUGCCCGAGGGUGGCAUACCCGAUCCACGGGUCUGGAACUAUUGGAACACCCCGCUAACCUAUCCAUGUGGCUUCUAGGAUCGGACUAGCUCUCACCCUGGUCUGGGAGUGGCUAGGAGGGAGCACACACUCUUCGAUAAAACACUCCAUCGCACGUCCUCGACCAUUCCAAGCUUUAAUCAAAACAAAAAAAGCAGUUUGUGAUUCCAAUGACACGGACAUGUUGGCGAAGUAUUCGUUGGGCACAUUUCUGGUGGUAACUAAAUUGGAAGCAAGUUGAAUCCCAGUGGCACCACUCGUCAGAGGUCCGUCAAAGAAAGAAGAACGUCGACGGAGAGGAGAACGCUGCUCAGGCUUCUUUCAGUCUUUCUCUCAAUUUUGGUAGAAGUUUGGGCACCUUUUUGGCAAUAAAUUCCCUAAAAAGUUA